AUGUCUCGAGGGGCUCUGAGGUGUUUGGUGGGAGUCGUUGCUCUGCUGGGAAUUUCAUUGGUGAAAAUCUCAGGAAUUCAUGGAAGAGCGUCUGUUCAUAUGGAUGGAUCUCAGAGACGGGAAAAACAUGAGUCCCUGAGAGGUCCUAAUGUGUGUGGGUCAGGGCUGAGGUCCUACUGCUGUCCGGGCUGGACGACUCUGCCCGCCGGGAAGCGCUGUGUUCUGCCGAUCUGCCGGAGCGGCUGUGGAGACGGCUUCUGCUCCAGACCCAACAUGUGUACGUGUCCUGAUGGACAGACAGCCCCGGCCUGUGCCACAUCAUCCCAGUGCGGUGUCAGGUGUGUGAACGGAGGGCUGUGUGAAGGUGACCGCUGCCGCUGUCCGGAGGGAUUCACGGGAAGCUUCUGCGGUCAGCCUGUGUGUGAGAAGAGCUGUGGAAAUGCUGGACGCUGUGUCGGACCGAACCGCUGUGUGUGUGUGUACGGCUUCACUGGACCGCACUGUGAGAGAGAUUACCGGACAGGGCCGUGUUUGGUCCAGCGGCCGGAUGGGUCAUGUGUGUCUCCGAGCGCGGGCUUCGUGAGCAGUAAGGCUCUGUGCUGUGCCACGCUGGGUCAGGCCUGGGGUCAUCUGUGUGAGCUGUGUCCGGCGCUCGGCUCGUCCUGCAGCAGAGGCUUCACGCCAAACACACGCACCGGAGCCUGCCAAGAUGUUGAUGAAUGUAAGGUUGUGUCUGAGCUGUGUAAAGGAGGAAAGUGCAUCAACACUGUGGGUUCGUAUCAGUGCCGGUGUCCCGCGGGUUUCCAGCAGCACAGGACUUCACUGAAGUGUGAGGAUGUGGAUGAAUGCUCCAGCGUCCAGCCUGUGUGUGACGGAGGACGCUGUGUUAAUUCAGCGGGCAGUUUCUCGUGUGUGUGUCCAGCUGGAUUCUGGCCGUCUGCUGACCGGACACACUGCCUCGAGCAGCACACAGGUGUGUGUUUUGCAUCGGUUGUGGAUGGACGCUGUGGUCAGGAGAUCAGCGGACGCUUCAGUAAGGUCCAGUGCUGCUGUGAACGAGGACGCUGCUGGACUCAAAGCACAGCUCAUCAGAUGUGUCCCGUACCGGGAUCAGAUGAAUACUUCAGGAUCUGUCUGGUGGGCUCUGCUCUGAGGGGCUUUAGUGAAGAAGAUGCUCAGCGUCCCAGCACCUUCAGUCCUGACCAGACACUAGACCCGCUCAUCAAACCUCAGAUCUCAGCGAGUGGUCAUGGAUUCAGAGCCCAGCGUCCUGCUGUCGUGCGUGUGAAUGAGACGGUCAGCAGGUUGAAUGGACGCUGUGUAGCGGUGGGCUCUGACCACCACUGUGACUGUAACAGAGGAUACAGAGCGGACAGCAGAGGACAGUGUUCAGAUGUAGACGAGUGUGUGUCUGAUCCCUGCACCAACGCAGACUGCUUUAACACUCCUGGAUCCUUCUACUGCAGAUGUCACGCAGGCUUCCUCAGGGCUCCUGGAAAACAGGCCUGCGCUGACCUAGAUGAAUGUCUUCAGAAUGGACUGCUGUGUAAGAACGGCCGCUGUCUCAACACUGAGGGCAGUUUUCAGUGCAUCUGUAACGCAGGGUUCAAACUCACAGCGGACGGGAAAAACUGCAUAGAUCGUGAUGAAUGCGCCGCCACAAACAUGUGUUUUAACGGCAUGUGCAUUAAUGAAGACGGCAGCUUUAAAUGUGUGUGUAAACCUGGAUUCAGCCUCGACUCCAGCGGACACUACUGUACAGAUAUGGACGAGUGCCGGACCCCAGGUGUGUGUAUGAAUGGACGGUGUGUGAACACACAGGGCUCUUUCAGGUGUGAGUGUCUCGCAGGUCUUAUCAUAGGAGUGGAUGGACGCACAUGUGUAGACACACACGUGCGCAGCAGCUGUUACAGGGCAGUUAAAGCAGGCUGGUGUGCUCGGCUCGUCCAGCGGUCAGUCACCAGAUCACAGUGCUGCUGUGCUAACCCUGACCAUGGCUUCGGUGAGCCGUGCCGUCCCUGUCCUGCCACACACUCAGCUGAGUUUCAGGCCUUGUGUUCGAGCGGCGUUGGGUUUUCUGCUGAUGGUGAAGACAUUAAUGAGUGUGCUCUGGAUCCUGAUAUCUGCUCUAAUGGAGCGUGUGAGAAUCUCAGAGGAAGUUUCCGCUGCGCCUGUAACAGCGGCUAUGAAAGUGACCAGACCGGCACAAACUGUGUGGAUGUGGAUGAGUGUGUGGUGAAGCGUCUCCUCUGUGAUAAAGGCCUGUGCAGGAACGUGCCGGGGAGCUACAGCUGUACCUGUCCGGCUGGAUUCACCUUCACACACCACGCAGAGACCUGUGACGAUGUGGACGAGUGUGUGAGCAGCCCGUGUGUUAAUGGAGUCUGUAAGAACAGCGAGGGCUCUUUCUCCUGUGAGUGCCCACUAGGAAGUAAACUGGACUCCACCGGACUCGUAUGUGUUGACAGUCUGAAGGGCUCGUGCUGGUUGACCCUUCAGGACGGCCGCUGUGAGGUCAACAUGAACGGAGCGACGCUGAGGUCUGAGUGCUGUGGGACGCUGGGAGCAGCCUGGGGCAGCCCGUGUGAACCCUGUCAGAGCGAUCCUGUGUGUGAACGAGGAUUUGCUCGAUCAAGAGGAGCUUCGUGUGAAGAUGUAAAUGAAUGCGAGGUGUUUCCUGGAGUGUGUUUUAACGGGCAGUGUGUGAACACUAGAGGAUCGUUUAGAUGUCAGUGUCCAGAGAGUCUCAGGCUGGAUGUCUCUGGACGUGUCUGUGUGGAUGUUCGUUCAGAGCCCUGUUUCCUCAACUACGAUGAAGACGAGUGUUUGCAGGCGGUGCCGGGACGCUUCCGUAUGGACGUGUGUUGCUGUACGGUGGGUCUGGCCUGGGGCAGAGACUGUGACCCGUGUCCUGAGCCUGGAACAAGCCAGUUCAAUGCUCUGUGUCCGAGAGGACUAGGCUUCGCCAACAAAGGAGACAUACUCACUGGAAGAGCUGUCUAUAAAGAUAUCAAUGAGUGUAAAGUUUUCCAAAGCAUCUGUAUUCAUGGAAAAUGCCGGAACACUAUUGGAAGCUUCAGAUGCCGUUGUGAUAGUGGGUUUGCUCUGGAUACUAAUGAGCAAAACUGCACAGAUAUUGAUGAGUGUGUGAUCUCUCCUGAUGUCUGUGGUCAUGGCACGUGUGUGAACACACUGGGCAGUUUUCAGUGUGACUGUUUUCCAGGCUAUGAGAGUGCAUUUAUGAUGAUGAAGAACUGCGUGGAUAUUGACGAGUGUGAGCGAAACCUGUCUCUGUGUAAUGGAGGCACCUGUGAAAACACUGAAGGCAGCUACAGGUGUGUGUGUCCUCCUGGUCAUCAGCUGUCUGUGGACGGCGGAGCCUGUGAAGAUGUGAACGAGUGUGAUCUGAGCAGCAGCUUGUGUCUGAAUGGCAGGUGUGUGAAUGUGCUGGGGACGUACCAGUGCUCCUGUACCUCUGGUUAUCAGACCACAGCUGAUAGAAAACACUGCACAGAUGUAGAUGAGUGUAUGAUAGAGAACGGAGGAUGUGAGCUGUACUGUAGUAACUCAGAGGGCAGUUACUCCUGCAGCUGUGGUCAGGGAUACGCUUUGACCCCGGACCAGCGGACAUGUGCAGAUGUGGAUGAAUGUGAAGAGGAUGCUGACAUCUGUGAAGGUGGUCAGUGCACUAAUGUCCCUGGAGCCUUUCUCUGUGUGUGUCAUGAAGGAUACAUGACUUCAGCGGACAUGAGGACAUGCAUCGACGUGAAUGAGUGUGAACUCAACUCCAACAUCUGUUUGUCUGGGGAGUGUGAGAACACCAAGGGCUCCUUCAUCUGUCAUUGUGAGCUGGGUUACUACGUGAAGAAAGGAACCACUGGCUGCACCGAUGUGAAUGAGUGUGAGACGAACACUCACGACUGUGACACACAGGCCAUCUGUUUCAACACACCCGGACACUACCGCUGCUCCUGCAGGGACGGAUGGUCUGGAGAUGGAGUCAGAUGUGCUGAUGUGGAUGAGUGUAGGGACAGGACUCAUGUCUGCAGCGCUGAGGCGGAGUGUGUGAACACAGCCGGCUCGUACCGCUGUCGAUGUUCAGACGGAUUUACUGGAGACGGAUUCACAUGUUCAGAUACGGAUGAGUGUGCUGAAGAUGUGGAUCUGUGUGAAAACGGCCAGUGUCUCAAUGUUCCUGGCAGCUAUCGCUGUGAAUGUGAGAUGGGCUUCACACACACUCCAAACAGCAGAAUCUGUCAAGAUGUAGACGAGUGCACCUUCCUGAACAUCUGUGUCUCUGGCUCCUGUCAGAACAUCCCAGGCAUGUUUCGCUGUGUUUGUGAUGAGGGCUACGAGCUGGACAGGACCGGGGGAAACUGCACAGACGUGAACGAGUGUCUGGACCCGGUCAGCUGUGUUAAUGGUCACUGUGAGAACACCGCCGGCUCCUACCACUGUAACUGUCCCACUGACUUUGAGCUCAACCCCACUGGAAUCGGCUGCGUUGACACACGAGCAGGGAGCUGUUUUCUCGAUGUGGUUCACCGUGGUCGUGAAGGACUGGUGUGCAGCGCUGAGCUGGGGUUAGGAGUCAGUCGUUCAUCGUGCUGCUGUUCUCUGGGACAGUCAUGGGGUAACCCGUGUGACCUUUGCCCUCCACUCAACACAUCGGAGUAUAACACUCUGUGUCCUGGAGGACAGGGGUUCAAACCCAACCCCAUCACCAUCAUCCUGGAAGAUAUUGACGAGUGUCAGGAGCUGCCCGGUCUGUGUCGGGGGGGACGCUGCAUCAACACGUUCGGAAGCUUCCGGUGCGACUGUCCGGCCGGAUACUACCUCAACACGGACAGACGCGUGUGUGAGGAUAUCGACGAGUGUGUGCUCAGUUCAGGUGUGUGUGGACCAGGCACCUGCUUCAACACACUGGGAAACUACAGCUGUGUCUGCCCUCAGGACUACAUCCCUGUGAAGGGAGGACACCGCUGCAUGGACAUGAGGAAAAGUCAGUGCUUCCGGAAGUACAGCGGCAGUGUUUGUGAGCAGCAGCUCAGCUUCAACGUCACGCAGAGACUGUGCUGCUGUGCUUAUAAUGUGGGCAAAGCCUGGAACAAACCGUGCAGGGCCUGUCCGAGACCCGGCACAGGUGACUAUCGAAGUCUUUGUGGCAGUGUGAUCGGAUUCGGGAUUGACACUGAAACCGGAAACCAGAAAGAUAUUGAUGAGUGUCUUGAAAUCCCAGGCGUCUGUGCUCAUGGCGUGUGUGUAAACCACGUGGGCAGCUUCCACUGCGAGUGUCCCUCGGGCUUCAUCUACAGUGACCUGCAGCUCGUCUGUGAAGAUGUUGAUGAAUGCAGCAGUGGAGAGCUUGUGUGUCAGAAGAACGCAGACUGCAUCAACCGGCCGGGCAGCUAUCAGUGUGAAUGUUCUGAGGGGUAUAAACUCACCCCCGACGGAGCCUGUGCUGACCGUAACGAGUGUGUGGAGACGCCCGGUGUGUGUGUUCACGGUGACUGUGUGGAUUUUCCAGGAGGAUUCGAGUGUGUGUGUCACACCGGCUUCACCCAAGCACCAAACCGUCAGAUGUGUGUAGAUGUUAAUGAGUGUUCACGCCAGCCGUGUGGAAAUGGCACAUGUACAAACUCUGUCGGCUCGUUUAACUGUGUGUGUCAUCGAGGAUUUGAGCUCGCCAGUAAUAACUACUGUUCAGACGUUGAUGAGUGUGUAGUUCUUCACUCCCAGCUCUGCAGGAACGGCCGCUGUGUGAAUAAAGUCGGCUCCUUCCAGUGUCUCUGUACGGACGGCUAUGAGCUCACACCUGACAGAAAGAGCUGCAGAGAUGUUAAUGAGUGUAUAUUGAAGCGUGGGAUCUGUGCUCCUGGAAUGUGUGUGAAUCUGGACGGGUCUUUCAGAUGUGUGUGUCCUGAGGGGUAUGUUGUCCUCAAUCAGCACUGUGUAGAUGUGAACGAGUGUUCGGAGGAGCCCGGCAUCUGUGCGUACGGCUCCUGCUUCAACAGUCUGGGCAGCUUUGAAUGUGUGUGUAAACCUGGAUUUGUUCUUUCAGAAGAUAGACGCAGAUGUUAUGACACUAGAGAGAGCUUCUGUUUCACACGCUUUGAGAGCGGCAGGUGCUCUGUCCCGCAGGCAUUUAACACCAGCAAAGCCAAGUGUUGCUGCAGCAUCAUGGUCAAAGAGGGCUGGGGCGACCCCUGCGAGCUGUGCCCUAGAGAACAGGACGCUGCAUUUCAGGAUCUCUGUCCGUUUGGCCACGGCAUCAUUCCUGGUGCUGGGAACACACGCGUGGACUUAAACGAGUGUGUGGAGAAUCCAGAGAUCUGUGUGAACGGCCGCUGCAUCAACAUGGACGGCUCCUUCCGCUGCGAGUGUCCCACGGGCUACACGCUCGACUACACAGGAGCACGUUGUAAUGACAUUGACGAGUGUUCAGAGGGAAACCCCUGUGGGAACGGCACAUGCUCAAAUGUGAUUGGAGGAUUUGAGUGUCUGUGUGAGGAGGGAUUUGAGCCCGGACCAAUGAUGAGCUGUGAAGACGUGAACGAGUGCAGUCAGAAUCCUCUGCUCUGUGCGUUUCGCUGCAUUAACACGUUCGGGGCUUAUGAAUGCAGCUGUCCAUCAGGUUAUACUCUACGAGAGGACGGACGCAUGUGUCAGGAUGUAGAUGAGUGUGCAAAUGAUCUUCAUAACUGUGACUCCAGAGGAAUGGAGUGCAACAACUUAAUUGGCACCUUCAUGUGUGUUUGUCCAGCCGGGAUGAUCCGCAGGAUGAACGACGACGUGUGUCAAGAUGAAAAUGAAUGCUUGUCUCGUCCUGGGGUCUGUGAGAACGGUCGAUGUGUGAACACUGAGGGCAGCUACACGUGUGAAUGUGGCCUUGGAUUCAAAGCUGACUCUACAGGCACGGGAUGUCUUGAUUACAGGAAAGGCUUCUGCUUCACGGAGGUGGUGCACAGCAUGUGUCAGAUGAGGUCCAGCAGUGGUGUUGCGGUCAGCAGGUCUCAGUGCUGCUGUGACGGAGGCCGUGGGUGGAGUGACCAGUGUGACCUCUGCCCUCCGCCUGACACCGCCAGCUACAAGAAACUGUGUCCAUACGGCCAGGGCUACACCACAGACGGAGCAGAUAUAGAUGAGUGUGAGCUGAUUCCAGGUGUUUGUGCCCGAGGCGUCUGUGUUAACGUCAUGGGCUCUUACAGGUGCCUCUGUAAGCCUGGAUACGUCUCCUCUGCUGCAGGGACCACAUGCAUCGAUGUGGAUGAAUGCGGUAUGUCCCCGAAGCCCUGUAACUUCAUCUGUAAGAACACGGAGGGCAGCUAUGUGUGCUCCUGUCCGCGAGGUUACACGCUGCAGGACGACAGCAGGACCUGUAGAGAUGUGGAUGAAUGUCAGAGCGGACGACACAACUGCCAGUUCUCCUGCGUCAACACCGUCGGUGGAUUCACCUGCAAGUGUCCGGCGGGCUUCAGCCAGCAUCUCACGGCCUGCAGAGAUGUGAAUGAGUGUCUGUCUGCGGGGGGUCCGUGUGGUCAGCGGGGCGUCUGUCUGAAUUCAGUGGGCAGUUUCAGCUGUGAGUGUCCAAAGGGCUUCAUCCUGGACUCCGUCGGCCUCAGCUGUGAUGAUGUAGAUGAGUGUGUGGCUGAUCACAGAUGUCAGUUCGGCUGUCAGAAUACUGAAGGAGGCUUCCACUGUAGCUGUCCAGACGGAUACACACCACACCAGCACUGGAACCAGUGUGUGGAUGAGAAUGAGUGCUUGAGUCGGAGCAGCUGUGGGUCAGCUUCGUGUUUCAACACACUGGGCAGCUUUAAGUGUGGCUGUCCAUCCGGCUUCACCUUUGACCCCGUGUCCACCAGCUGUGAAGACGUGGACGAGUGUGUGUCCUUCACAAGCCCCUGCAGAUACGGCUGCUCAAACACAGCCGGAGGAUUCAUGUGUGUGUGUCCAGCAGGGUAUUACAGAGCGGGACAGGGGCACUGUGUAUCUGCUGAUGGUUUUGGAGGUGCUGGGCUUGGACCAGAAGAAGAAAACAGUGUGUCUCCUGGAAUCUGCAAUGACUGCAAAACGAAUGGACAGCAGAAGAAAAGUGUGAGGAGAAGACACUCUUCAAACCUUACCCUGGAGGGAGUUAGUCUGGCCAGUGUGGAUGUGGAUCAGCCGCUGAGAUUACUUCUCAAUCUCUCACAACUCAAACCCACUGAAGCUGUCCUGAAGCUGCUACCUGCUGUCGGAGCGUCUGCUCAAGACGUCAUGUACACCAUCAGAGCCGGUAACCGGGACGGGUUCUUCCGGAUCAGACAGCAGGAGGGUAUCAGUUACCUGCAUAGCACACACCGGACACCCUCGAUGAGACACUACAUACUGCACAUCAGUUCUGCUCACUCUGAUCACAUGCACAGAGAGGAGCAGCCAGCUCCAGACCUACACAUGACUCUCCACAUUACAUUCCUAUAGAGCCAACACCUGAGCUUCAGACGAGAACCAACACCUGAGCUUUAGUCAAGAACCAACACCUGAGCUUCAGACGAGAACCAACACCUGAGCUUUAGUCAAGAACCAACACCUGAGCUUCAGACGAGAACCAACACCAACAACUGAGCUUCAGACGAGAACCAACACCAACAACUGAGCUUCAGAUGAGAACCAACACCAACAGCUGAGCUUUAGUCAAGAACCAACACCUGAGCUUCAGACGAGAACCAACACCAACAACUGAGCUUCAGAUGAGAACCAACACCAACAGCUGAGCUUUAGUCAAGAACCAACACCUGAGCUUCAGACGAGAACCAACACCUGAGCUUCAGAUGAGAACAAACACCAACACAUGAUCUUUAGUCAAGAACCAACACCUGAGCUUCAGACGAGAACCAACACCAACAACUGAGCUUUAGUCAAGAACCAACACCUGAGCUUCAGACGAGAACCAACACCUGAGCUUUAGACGAGAACCAACACCUGAGAGAACCAACAUCUCAGUCAAGAACUAACACCUGAGCUUCAGAUGAGAACCAACGCCUCAGUUGAGAAUGAACACCUGCGCUUCAGACGAGAACUGACCAUCUCUCAGAGGUCACUGGCUGUAUCUGAAAUCAUCUCCCAUUCCCUACACUAGGCCACUUGAAGGAGUGAACAAAAACAAGUUAGUGGAUUCAGACAUGAAUAGUUAAUGCUGCUGUUAAUGCUACAAUCAGUUGAAUCUGGUAAACUGGUAGUUCAUUUACAGCAAUUCAUUCAGUGGGACUCGCAGUGCAUUGUGGGUAUUUUCAGUUGUACACCUGUUUUGCGGUGCAUUGUGGCAUUGAAUGAGUGCAGUAUGGUUCUGGACAGCACUAUUAAGAGUCUAGCAGUGAACCAUCCCUUACCCCUUAUAAAAACUUUUGACAUUUUUUACAUUUCUUUACUUUCUUUUCAUUACACAUUCCUAAUCUAAAUGAUGUUUACAUCCUAAUAGCAAUACAUUUACAUACAAUUAUCUUUAGAGAGCAAGCAUACAAGCACAUACACAUUUCAUUCUUCUCCACUGGAUUGAGUCCAGUAUGAGACCAGAGAUGAUUCUGACAUGUUUAGUAUAUAUGACCGUCUGCUACGGAUAUCUAUGAGUUACAGCUGUACUGUUAUAAUUUAUAAGUAAAAGUGUUUACAGAUGUCAUUGUAUUUGACAGGCAAUGUCAUGGUGCUUAUGGUUCUUCUAAUAUGACAUUUUCUGACUUCUGAAAUCUUUUAUUAAAUGAUGUAAGUUCUGCUGGGUAUAGAUAGACUC